CUCAUUUCCGGUGAGUGGCCGGCAGGGCCACGCGUCUCCCCGAACGGAGAGACUGGGGGCGUUGUUGCCUGGCAGCGCGCGGGCAAGCCUGGACUCAGGCGGCGCGCAGGACAGUCCGACUCCGUGCGGGGCCCUCCCUGAGGUCCGGGUCCUUGCGGCCACUGCGGCCACUGAGGUGGUGGCGGCGGCGGCGGGGACUGGGCCGGGCGGAAGAAGUCGAGCCCAAGACAUUUCCGGUUCCGGUGUCAGUUCGAGGCGCCGCCGCCGCCGCAGCCGCCGGAGCCGCGAUGCCUAAAGGAGGGAGAAAGGGAGGCCACAAAGGCCGGGCGAGGCAGUAUACGAGCCCUGAGGAGAUCGACGCACAGCUGCAGGCUGAGAAGCAGAAGGCCAGGGAAGAAGAGGAGCAAAAAGAAGGUGGAGAUGGGGCUGCAGGUGACCCCAAAAAGGAGAAGAAAUCUCUAGACUCAGAUGAGAGUGAGGAUGAAGAAGAUGACUACCAGCAAAAGCGCAAAGGCGUCGAAGGGCUCAUCGACAUCGAGAACCCCAACCGGGUGGCACAGACAACCAAAAAGGUCACACAGCUGGAUCUGGACGGGCCAAAGGAGCUUUCAAGGAGAGAACGAGAAGAGAUUGAGAAGCAGAAGGCAAAAGAGCGUUACAUGAAAAUGCACUUGGCCGGGAAGACAGAGCAAGCCAAGGCCGACCUGGCCCGACUGGCCAUCAUCCGGAAACAGCGGGAGGAGGCUGCCCGGAAGAAGGAAGAGGAAAGGAAAGCAAAAGAUGAUGCCACAUUGUCAGGAAAACGAAUGCAGUCGCUCUCCCUGAAUAAGUAACCGCGACGCGUGGGAGGAGAUGCUGGGGACCUGGGCCGCGCUGCCAGGACCUCUGCUGUGUCUUGCCCACCUUGUGCCCUGGCGCCGCUGCAACAGCCCCUCACGGCCAGGAGCCCCCCACGGCCUGGGGCCUCCUUUUCAUCUUGGCACAGAAAUUGUUUGGGGAAUGUGGGGGGGGGGCUGGGGGAGGGGCAGCUGCUAUCUUUGAGACAGAAAGAUGCAGGACAGCAUUUCAUAUGUAACCAUUUGAAUGUUUUCGCUGUUUUUAGAAUUCAGAGCCCUUGCUGGGGGGUGCCUGGGAGAUGGGGUAAGAAGAGCUUUCAUUUGUCUGGUAGAUAGCACGUAAGGGGAUGGUUGUCCCAGGAGGCAGCUGCCGACAGGUUUGCUAUACCCAGCCCUGGACUGUGUUGCCUGGGUGCUCAUUCAGAGAGGGGCUAUCAUCCGGGAACCUGUGCCCCUGGGUCCUUGAGGGUCAUGGCUUGUCCCUGGUCAGUCCUGUCUGGUCGAGGCCUCGCCUGUCUGCCCUUCCCUGCCCGGUUCCUACCCACCCGGCCAGGGCCAGUGCCCAUUUUUAACCCUACCCAUUGAUCAUUUCAAGAAACCUCUGUUUACUGUGUGGCACCCAGGCAAAACAUGCUCCACAAAUUCAACUUGUAUAUUUGGCAGAUUAAACUUGACAUUAUCGUAAU